AUGUUCGCUCGCAUCAUCGACCACCCCGAUUGCCAGGAUAUUGUGGUCGACGUGGGUAUGCCUGUCCGUCACAGGAACGUGCACUACAACUGUCGCGUGAUUUUUUACAACCGGAAGAUCGUCAUGAUUCGGCCGAAGAUGUGGCUUGCCAAUGAUGGAAACUACCGCGAAUUUAGGCACUUCACUCCUUGGCAACGUCCCCGAGAAAUCGAAGACUACUAUUUGGAACAAAUUGUGGGUAAAAUCACUGGGCAAUACAAGGUUCCUUUUGGCGAUGCAGUUAUCAGCACGCGGGACACUUGCUUGGGUCUGGAGACUUGCGAAGAGCUAUUCACACCAAACGGCCCUCACAUCCCAUAUGGCCUUGCAGGUGUGGAAAUCAUUUCGAAUUCAUCCGGAAGUCACCACGAGCUCAGAAAGCUGGACACUCGUGUCAAUCUGAUAUCACAGGCCACGAAACAGAGUGGAGGUAUUUACUUGUAUGCAAACCAACAAGGAUGUGACGGUGAUCGACUCUACUAUGAUGGGUGUGCGAUGAUUGUGGUUAAUGGUGACAUUGUGGCCCAGGGAAGCCAAUUCUCUCUUAAUGACGUGGAGGUUGUCACUGCUACCGUUGAUAUCGAAGAGGUCCGGACGCACCGCUCCAGCAUUAGUCGCGGCAUGCAAGCAGCGAGGCAACCUCCUUAUGUUCGCCUUGACCUGGACACAAGGCUCUCACGCCAGGAUAAGGAUGCUGAACCAAGCCUUUCACCAACCGAGCCUUUCAAGCCGCGCUACCAUGCCCCAGAGGAAGAGAUUGCUCUUGGCCCCGCAUGCUGGCUAUGGGACUAUCUUCGAAGAAGCGGUGCUGCUGGGUUCUUCCUUCCCCUGAGUGGUGGUAUUGACAGUUGUGCUACAGCUGUCAUUGUGCACUCUAUGUGCAGAGAAGUUAUUAAAGCAAUUGGCCAGGGAAAUGAGCAAGUGAUCAAAGAUACUCGCAGGCUCUGCGCUGAGCCCGAGGACUCGACAUGGCUUCCUAGCACAAGCCAGGAACUCUGCAACCGCAUCUUCUGUACCAGCUACAUGGGUACGCAGAACUCGAGCAAGGAAACAAGAGAGCGGUCCAAGACACUCUCCACGGAUAUCGGAUCAUACCAUAUUGACUUCAAUUUCGAUACCGUUGUAACUGCCUUGACGAACCUAUUUACUGUCGUCACCAACUUCCAGCCUCGUUUCAAGGUCAACGGUGGUGGGAAGGCUGAGAAUGCCGCUUUGCAGAACGUGCAGGCACGUUUGAGAAUGGUCCUGUCGUACUUAUUUGCAUCCUUGCUGCCAACGGUUCGCCAGCGCCCAGGAGGUGGUGGAUUGCUUGUUUUGGCAUCGUCCAACGUUGAUGAAUGCUUGCGUGGCUACCUGACCAAGUACGAUGCCAGUAGUGCAGACCUCAACCCCAUCGGCUCCAUAAGCAAAGUCGACCUCAAAAAGUUCAUCGCCUGGGCCCGCGACAACUUUGAAGUCCCCAUCCUCAACGAAUUCCUCCACGCCACCCCAACCGCUGAACUGGAGCCCAUCACUUCCACCUACGUCCAAUCCGACGAAGCAGACAUGGGUGUCACCUACGCAGAGCUCUCAACGUUUGGAUACCUGCGCAAGAUCGCAAAGGCGGGACCCUGGUCGAUGUACGAGAAAUUGCUGCAUCUCUGGGGCAACGAGUACAGUCCCAGAGAAAUUUAUGAGAAGACUCGACAUUUCUUUUAUAACUAUGCUAUCAACCGACAUAAGAUGACGGUUCUGACUCCAAGUUAUCACGCCGAGCAGUAUUCGCCGGAGGAUAAUAGGCAUGAUUUGAGACAGUUCUUGUAUCCCUCGUUCACAUGGGCAUACAAGAAGAUGGAAGACAGUGUUAAGUACUGGGAAUCUAAGGGUUGGACUACUGGGAAGGCGCAGAAGAAGAGUGUCAAGGCAGACUAG